GCGAGGCAUUGGAAGCCAUGCCAGUAGACUUGGGGCAGUGGAACGGGCCGCUGAGCCUCACCGAGGUGGAGGAGACGCCGGCGCAGCCGCUGCGGGUCAAGUAUGGCUCCGUGGAGAUCGACGAGCUGGGCAAGGUGCUCACUCCCACUCAGGUCCAGCAUCGCCCCACCAGCAUUGAAUGGAAUGGCUGUGAUCCCCAGAAGCUUUACACUCUGGCUCUCACAGACCCAGAUGCUCCCAGCAGGAAGGAUCCAAAGUUCAGGGAAUGGCAUCACUUCCUGGUGACCAACAUGAAAGGGAACAAUGUGGGGAGUGGAACUGUGCUGUCAGAUUAUAUUGGUUCUGGCCCUCCCAAAGGCACAGGGCUGCACCGCUACGUGUGGCUGGUGUACGAGCAGCCGAAGCCGCUGGCCUGCAACGAGCCCAUCCUCUCCAACCGCUCCGGGGACAAGAGAGGCAAGUUCAAGGUGGCUUCCUUCCGCAGCAAGUACGGCCUGGGGGCGCCAGUGGCUGGCACUUGCUACCAGGCAGAGUGGGAUGACUACGUGCCAAAGCUCUACGAGCAGCUGUCAGGGAGGUAGGGCGAGAAAGCCUGGAGCAGCACUGUGAAGCACCCCCUGCACCCCUGGAGACCAGGCUGGUCAGAGCACGUCCCUGUAGUUUUUGUUUGAUUAGUGAGUUGAACCCAGCGGCUCCUGUGCUGACCGCUGGAGCUGCCACCCUCUCACUGUCCCUGCCCUCAGCCUGCUUCCUUGGUCCAGGCCUGUGCUGUGCUUUAGCUCACCCUAGGUGCAGGCCAUCACUAGAUUGAUGAGCUGCUGACAAGGUGUCCUGUAAGGGCCACUCUUCCAGGCUGAUCUGCUGAAGGGAAACCAGAGCCUUUAGGAGCUAGUGGCACUUUGGUGUGCCUCUGAUGUACUGAAAGGGUAGUGUGGGGCAGUGGUGGGGGUACAGAACCACUUUGGGUUGGUGCUGGCUGUAGCCUCCCCUUUCCAGGAGAGGAGAUGGCAGUCUAAGGGCACCUUCACCCCUUUUGCUUUUUGAUUUUUAAGCCUCAACUGGCCAGGCCAGUGCUGCACUUCACCAAAGUGAACCACUAGAGUAGUGAAGGUGUAGCUGGAGGCAGGACAUUCAGUUUAUAACACUACCUUCUGUUCUCUGUUGCCACUCAAAGCUGAGACCACUUCGUUUUUGUUUGCUCUGUUGUGACCUGAUAUUAAUGUGCUUUUUGCUCACAGUGCAAUUAAAAACCUGCUGA